GCCUAGAGGGGCAAAUGGCGAAAGUCAGUCCAAAUAACCACCUAUAAAAACACACAACACACUUCGCAUUGCAUCCAGUCGUUAUCCCGACAAACCAACGCACGAGAGGCAUAAUGAAAACAUCGAUCUGCUUAGUUUUCCUGCUGGUAGCAGCAGCAGCUGCCAGCGAGAAGAAGACUACAGAGAAGAAGGCUGAGCCUCUGGACAAGAAGUUGGACAAGCGUGGUCUCCUAAACCUCGGUUAUGGGUACGGCAUCAGCGGUCUUGAUGUUGGCUACCUCGGCAGCGGACAUGGAAUCGGUGGUGCUUACAACGUGAUUGACGAUGGCGCCUACUCCCACGGCGGAUACGCCCAUAGUAUCCCUCUUGGCGAGCAUACUGACGUAGUCAAGACCAUCACUCUUGUUAAGGGAGUUCCCGUCGCCUACCCCGUCGAGAAGCAUGUGCCAUACCCUGUCGAAAGGCCUGUGCCUUACCCCGUCAAAGUCCCCGUGCCACAACCCUACGAGGUUAUCAAACACGUGCCUGUUCACGUGAAGGAGUACGUUAAGGUCCCAGUUCAUGUUCCCGCACCAUACCCUGUUGAGAAGAAGGUGCCUUACCCGGUGCAUGUUCCAGUCGACAGGCCCUACCCCGUUAAGGUUCUCGUUCCUCAGCCCUACCCAGUAGAGAAGCACAUCCCCUACCCCGUGAAGGUGCCAGUGCCUCAGCCUUACCCCGUGGAGAAACAUGUGCCAUAUCCCGUUGAAGUUAAAGUACCCGUUCCUCAACCUUACCCUGUUGUGAAGCACGUCGGUGUACCCGUCAAGGUGCCCGUUGAUAGGCCUUACCCCGUACAUGUGCCUGCACCUUACCCUGUUGAGAAGCAAGUGCCAGUCGCCGUUCCCGUUGAGAAGCCCGUGCCUGUGCCUGUGCAUGUGCCCGUCGACCGUCCCGUGCCUGUGCACGUUGAGAGGCCCUACCCUGUGCCCGUGAAGGUGCCCUACCCAGAGCCCUACCCCGUGUACAAGCACGUCCCCUAUCCCGUGGAGAAACCCGUUGCUGUACCCGUCAAGGUUCCCGUCGACAGGCCUUACCCCGUACAUGUAGAGAGGCCCUACCCAGUCGCUGUGGAGAAGCCCUACCCCGUGCCUGUGAAAGUGCCAGUCCUUGUCAACGAGCACUCCUACGGUCACGAUUCUCUUAGCCACCUCAGCUUCGGAGGCUCCUAUUAUGGCCACUAGAAUGUAUAGUAUAGUUACUUAGUGUUCAUCCGCCA